CUAUCUAGACUUUUGACGAUCUGGCGUCUGUCAGUUUACCGAUGACAAAAAUAAAAAUAUCUUUUCGUGAUUAGGAUUUUAUUAGAUAUCAGUGAUAAUGAAAUAUUGGGGGCAAAUUUUGCUCCUAUUUGUGUUAGGGAGUCUAAUUGCAGCAAAUCAUUAUCAGGACCUCUCCGAUAAUGAAUUCGCAGAGUUUGAAGACUUUGAAGUGGAAGAAGAGCUGCCCCUUGUGAAUGAAGAACCCCAAAAAUCCUCCAAAGAAGCCCACAAUGACGAAUUUGAGGUAGGAGGCGAGGAAGAUGUAGUUGUAGACGACGUGGAAGAUGAUGAUCCUGAAUUCGAACACUUCCAGGAUGUGGAAGAAUUCGAAGGGUUUGAAGUUAAGGAUGAAAAACCUGCAAGUGAACCCAAGAUCACCAUCGCUAAGGUUCCAGUGAAUUUCAGACAAAACUGGGACAGCUACUAUCUUGAAAUCCUGAUGAUGUCAGGCUUGAUUGUCUAUUUCAUUAACUUUGCUACUGGAAAAAGCAAGAAUACAAAAAUUGCCCAUGCUUGGUUCCAAACUCAUCGGCAAAUUCUUGAAGAUAAUUUCUCCAUGGUAGGAGAUGAUGGCUCUUUAGAUAGGAAUGAUAAUGUUAGCUUGGUAAAGGAGAGUGAAAAUAUUUUCACAUUAUGGUGCAGUGGAAGAACUUGCUGUGAAGGCAUGCUGGUUGAACUGAAACUCAUAAAGAGGCAAGACCUAGUGGCAGUAAUAUCAGGCAUGAUGCGCCCCACAAUGGACCAAAUCCACAUCACAGUACACAUGAACAAAGAGGACAUGGACAGCUUCGUGUUUUGCGUAGCAGCCAAGAAAACCGCUGUCCAGCUGGCUAAGGAAAUGGCGGACUUGAGCGUGUACUGUCCCGAACGGAAACCGGGUGACAAGUUCGGCAUCCCGUCCAAUUUUAAUGUCAUGGGGGAGAUCGCCGAGGCGACUGCCGCCAUGUUAGACUCUAAGGUUGUGGCUGUGUUAAAUAAAUACCCGCAGUAUGUAGACUGUAUUCACUUUUCUGACCAAUUUUCUGGAGCCAAACAGGCUGAAGAUGGUGGAAGCUUAAAGUUGCCUGAAACAGAGAAGGUGUUGAUGUUUGUGUUUAAUAUUCCUGUGAAAGGAAUGCCUUUAGAAGAAGCAAUGCAGAGACUGAAACCGUUGAUGGUUAUGGUUUUUUAUUGUCUAGACAAGGUUAAACGUUACAGAUUAUCUAAGGAAGGAAAAGCGAAGGCUGACAAAAACAGACAGCGCGUAGAAGAAGCCUUUUUGAAAUCGACUCACCAGGCGAGAGCCGAGGCUGCAGCAGCGAGAAGAGAGGAAAGAAAGAGACAAGAAAAAGAGAAGAUCAUGGCCGAGGAUGAUCCUGAAAGGCAACGUCGCUGGGAAUUGAAAGAGGAAAAGAGACAGGCAAAGAAGAGGGGACCGAAGAUGAAGCAGCUUAAAGUGAAAGCAUUGUAGGGUUCAGCUUGAAGUCUCGUGGUUUUGAUAGAAGAAGGGUUAUAGUAGAUGCUUGUGUUUGUUUGUCGGCUAAGUGCAAAUUGUGAAGUUUUGUUUGGUCUUGGUUGAAGGUUCUCUUUUAUAAUAAGGCACUUGUCAAAAGGUAUUUAGUCAUUCAUUUUAACUUUGCGAAUAUAAAAAUGUAUUUUUUUUUGUCUGAACCGCUGACAUAUACAUGUCUAAAGCAAAGAAUAAAAUCUGUACCGAUUUAUUGUAGCAAUCUGAAUGAAAUGCUACUUGUUUUAAUUCUGUAAGAUGUAUACACUAUACACCUUCAAGCCAAAUUUUAAGUACUGCAAGUGCGUUUUCUUUAUUUUGUUGUGCUGAAUCGAAUGAGAAAAUAAAGUAUCUCGAUUUAACA